UGCUUAAGACUCAAAUCUCACAUCACAUCCUCUUGACUAUUCUACACUCCCCACCCUUUUACAGAAGAGGACUACAAAUACUUUCGAGACCCUCUAUCUCUUGUUCGACAAAAAAAACAACCGAGCCGUCAACAUGUCUACCCCGCGCUUUAACCCCACCACCACAACCGUUGUUUUCGUCCUCGGUGGCCCCGGCAGCGGUAAAGGCACGCAAUCUGCCAACCUCGUCCGCGACUACGGCUUCACUCACCUGUCGGCUGGCGACUUGCUCCGCGCCGAGCAGGUCCGCGAAGGGAGCCACGCCGGCGACCUCAUCCGUACCUACAUCCGCGAAGGCAAGAUUGUGCCCAUGGAGAUCACCGUCAAGCUGCUGUCGGACGCCAUGGCCGAGACCCUGACUACCGGCACCAAUCCGGCCGCCGCCGCCGGUAGCAAGCCCCGCUUCCUGAUUGACGGUUUCCCCCGCAAGCUGGACCAGGCUGUCUUCUUCGAGGACACCGUCUGCCCCUCCGAGAUGACUCUCUUUUUGGACUGUCCCGAGGAGGUGAUGGAGAACCGCCUCCUCAAGCGGGGCGAGACCAGCGGUCGCGAUGACGACAACGCCGAGAGCAUUCGCAAGCGCUUCCGCACCUUUGUCGAGACGAGCAUGCCCGUUGUCGAGGCAUUCGAGGGCCAAGGUAAAGUCGUCUCCGUACAAGCCACCGGCGAUGUCGGGGAAGUCUACGAAAGGAUUCGGGUGGGGCUCCGCGAAAAGGGACUGAAUCCCUUGUAAGGUUUGGAGUGGGCUGAACGGUGUGUAUAGCGGUUUCAGGGCUUGUGGAUGGGGUUGAUCCGGUGAUGAUAUCUGUAAAGUCGUUAGUUUAAGCGUUCUGCGGUACAGAUAUAUAUCUACAUAUAUAUGUCUAUACGCAAUGUAUAUAGUUUUGGAGAUUUGCUCAGGUAAUAUAGAUAUGCUGCUCGACUCGGGCACGUGGACGCUGUUCGCUGCUGCUUGUC